UUUGCUCUUACUUUUUGCUUUUCUAGCAAAGGCACUAAAUAUGUCUGAGACCGCUCCUGCAGCGCCUGCUGCCCCCGCACCUGUGGAGAAGACACCUGUGAAGAAGAAGGCGAAGAAGACCGGCGCCGCCGCGGGGAAGCGCAAGGCGUCCGGACCCCCGGUGUCCGAGCUCAUCACCAAGGCCGUGGCCGCCUCCAAGGAGCGCAGCGGCGUGUCCCUGGCCGCGCUCAAGAAGGCGCUGGCGGCCGCCGGCUACGAUGUGGAGAAGAACAACAGCCGCAUCAAGCUGGGGCUCAAGAGCCUGGUGAGCAAGGGCACCCUGGUGCAGACCAAGGGCACCGGCGCCUCCGGCUCCUUCAAGCUCAACAAGAAGGCGGCUUCCGGCGAGUCCAAGCCCAAAGCCAAGAAGGCGGGUGCGGCCAAGGCUAAGAAGCCCGCGGGCGCAGCCAAGAAGCCCAAGAAGGCGACCGGUGCUGCCACGCCCAAGAAAGCCGCCAAGAAGACCCCGAAGAAGGCGAAGAAGCCCGCGGCUGCUGCAGGCGCGAAGAAAGUUGCCAAGAGCCCGAAAAAGCCAUUCGAAAUUGUGGACUGUUGAUCAAGUAUUCAGCGGGACAAGGCCCAGUGGAAAUGCCCGUGCCCCUGUUCAUAUUCUUUAAUCUACUGCUCAGGAGGCAGAGCUACCUAGGUGCCAUCCAAAUGACAUACUCAGGAGGAAUGUCUCGGGCUUUUGGUGUUUUUGAACACCUGCUCCUGCUACAGAGGGGAGAGAAGCGCACUACCACGCACCACUGUGUAGAAAUACGGUCGGAGGGAAUGCGUAUUUAUGACUUGCUUCUGGUGUGCUAUGUAAAGAAACCCGGCAAGGCCUCUUCCUCACUCUCUUUGCUUCCGUGUGGCAGCCUUCUUUCUGGGGCUGGGCAGAACUUCAAUAACGGAUGAUGCUGUGUUGUGAUCGACUUUGGAAAACAAGGUUUGCGGAUUUUUAAAUUUAGCAUCAUCAUCGUUAUUAGUAUUGUUAGCUGCAAGAUUAAAAGGUUGGUGAGGAUGACUUUUAGUAAUUAUUGCUUACUUUGAGAAAACUAGCUCUGGUUUUCCUACACUGGGGAAGGUAGAUCCUUUUUCUAACUCUUGUCUUGGGAAGAGGUAGAGAGGAGAACCGCAGGUAAGAACUUUUAUUUCUGAAGCUUAUACUUAACUCAUUGUAUCACUUUGCUUUAAAAAAUUUUGUUCUUAUUUUGAGACAGGGUCUCACUAUGUAUCCCAGACUUGCCUGUAUGUGUCACCUGAUAUAGACUAGGCUGACUCAUAGAGAUUGUCUUGCCUUUGCUUACCAGUCCUGGGGUUUAAAGGUGUGUUCCACCAUGACAAAGCCCAGUUUUGAGUUUCUGAGACAGGUCUUUGUUACUUAUCCCAUGCUAGUCUAAACUCAUUAUACAGCUAAGGAUAACUGUGCAUUUUUAUCCUCCCUCCAUUUCUCAGGUUCUGGGAUUACAGGUAUCUUCCAUUUUGCACAUCUUCGGACACUUUAAUUUGGGCGUAUUUAAAAAAAAAAAAUGCCUGCAAUCCUGAAGUGACUCUACAACAUUACGUAUUUCUUGGCGAAUGUCCCACAGAUGGUCAUCUUUUGGAUAAGUAUCAGAUCGUAUGCACUGAUGUGUGCACCGAGCAACAGCCUAGAUAUGGUUAUUAGUUUUACACGUUUCAAUGUGUUAGUGGGAGGAAAUAUUUAGA